ACGGGGGGGAGAGAGUGUUUGCUAUUGGAGAAACUCGGAAAGGUGAAGCCCAUGAGCUCAUACCGGGGUACCUGGUAGCUACGAUGGAUCCAUACCGGGAACCUAGCAAUAGCUUUACUGGUCGUUUCUCUGCAAAACCAGUCUGGUCAUUUUGAGCUCGUGCAGAAGAGCAACGAAAAUUUGUUUUGAUGAUCUUCUACUGUGAUGGCUAGUAACGGAGCUCCUCGAUGAUGGAGGUUCCACUGCUUUUGUCUCCACUCGUCCACUGCCAUCGUUCAUGGAAUCGGACUCUUCCAUCAGUCAAUAUCUCAAUGGUGGAACGACAUUGCCCCGUCAUCAUUUCAUUUUUCAUAUUGACAUGAUUGUACCGAAAGUCUAAGGAACCAUCAGGUAGCAUGAGCCCCGUAAGAGUCCCAAAUCGAAUGGAUCCUCCCGCUGUUGUCUACGGCACCAAACCGUCGUCCCUCCAAGCUUAUCGAUGGUUUCUCGGAGUCGGCCAUCGUUUGCGUUCUGCUCCUUUUGCACAAUCAUCAUUCAGCAUUCAGGUUUAUUGGCCGUUUGCCACGUCCACACGGGCCGUUGUUCGACGUGAGGAGCGGGAGGUCGGCAUGUGGUGAAUCGCGAACGCGUUUGAAGCCUAUUUCCAACUAGAGUAGAUCCGGAAGAUCUUCGCUCUCGCGCGCAUGUUUGCAUCCAAGAGCCACAAAAUGAAUUUAGUUCAGAAAAACGGCAAACUCCACCACUUUCAAGCUUGGGUUUGACUACUGGUACUCGUUCUCGUUCACCAAGCUAAGUUGGUCUGAUCUCAUUGUUGCGCAUCCUUUCAUCAUGAGGCGCCUUUCAUUUUUAUCUCAAACACACUCGUGUUGGCUCUAUGGGUUGAUGCUAUUGAUGGGCCUGGCGCCGACGCUGGUGGAUGCACAGCCAAUUUUCUACGCGGCGCAAAACCCCCAGGCGUUUAAUGCAUUGGCUACAGGUGUCAACAACAUUGAUGUCGUCCACGUAGACGACUCCUAUUGGGCAUGGAUUACCAGAGAUAAUCCGCGAAACGUUGGCCUCAUCUGGUAUACGGAGCUCUGGUACGAUGAACGUGCCUAUUCCCCGAUUAUGCAACGGGUGGCCAGCUCGAGAUACCCUGUGUUCCUCUUGGAUAUUCCUUUGAGCAUGCCAUUCUUGUCACCUUUUCGAGGGGAUACAGUCUUGCGAGACUAUCCUGAGAUUGAUACCUGGGUGGUUGGGGGGCAUGGCAUUGGAGGGGCUAUGGCUUCCAUCUUUGCUCAGCGACGACGAGAGGAAGGAGUGGAUGGACUUGGCUUGUUUGGAUCUUAUCCGUUUCCCAUAUUCAAUGACCAAUCUUUGACCGACAUAAAGGCCGUAAGUGUAUGGGGAAACCAAGAUGGAAAAACAAAGCGCGUUCAGUGGGAAGAUGGCCGAAGAUAUCUGCCACGCACCGCCAAGUUCAUUGAAGUGGAUGGCGCCAACCACUCGCAAAUGGCCAGGCUACAAGUGGACCUGGUAAACGGCGACAACGCUCCUGUGAACAUGACCAGAGAUCAACAAGAAACAAUUGUUGUGGAAAACAUACUUAAUCUUUUGGAAUGGGUUCAGUCGGGGACGCGACAGCCAACCGACAAUCCUUCAAGGUCUCCCACUGUAUCCCCAUCAGCUGCACCAACUCCGUCGCCUUCCUUCCGACCCACAGUAUCUCCGUCCGUCAUUCCCACUACAGUGCCAUCCCUGGCGCCUACCCUGUCGAAUGCUCCUUCAUCCAACCCCACAAUUUCUAUGAUGCCUACCCUUUUGACCGUCAGAAUCAUUCCGUCCCGAUUUGGCUACGGACUGGACAUUGAAGCUGGCAUCCGAGAAGCAACAGAUGCAGAAGUUGAAGGACUGCUAGACGAAACGGAGGAUUUCUACGAGGAUAUGUUCACGACAGUGUUCCCAGGGAACAACUUGUUGUCGGUCGAGAUCACGAACGUUGAAGAGAUCUAUCAACCCGAGAUUCCCCGGUUACCUUACGUAUUUGAUUUUGAUGUCGUUGUAUCGUUUGCGGACAACGACGACAACAGCCCGACGGACGGAGAUUUGUUUACUUUGAUGGUGGCCUACAACGAGAACAGUUACAUUGCAGAGUAUGUGCACGAGGCAGAACCAGAAGACAGUAUCUUUCGCGAAACAGCUGACACCGAAUUUGCGCAAAGGGGAGGUGUUGUGUAAUUCCUUCCGUCCCACCUUUCUUCUUGGAAGGAACCUGGCCUGCUUUUGCCAUCGUCAAGGCAAACCACUGCAUCUCGCAAGCAAGCAAGCAAGCAACCAGUGAAGUAAUGACGAUGAGGGGGGUCAAGCUUGCGAGAAACCUAUCCAUACAUAAAAGCAACUGGCAAUAGUAGCCUAUAUAUUUACGUGU